AAAAAAAAACUGCAGUGACUUUUAAUUCAAUUUAGAAGAAAAUGGGAAAAUUACGAGCACCUUCCUCUUGCCUCCUCUCAUGUCUCCUUGUCCUAUUCUUGAGUUCAGUUUCAGCAGUCACAGAUGAUCCUCAAGAUAGACAGGUGUAUAUCGUCUACAUGGGUUCACUUCCCUCUCGAGCAGACUACACACCAAUGUCCGAUCACAUGAGUAUUCUUCAAGAGGUCACAGGAGAAAGUUCGAACGAAGGUCGUUUGGUGAGAAGUUACAAGAGGAGUUUUAACGGGUUCGCUGCCCGACUCACUGCGUCGGAGCUCGAACGAGUAGCCGAAAUGGAGGGAGUUGUGUCUGUAUUCCCGAACAAAAUGUUACAACUCCAUACAACUCAGUCGUGGGACUUCAUGGGUUUAAAGCAAGGCAAGGGGACGAAGAGGAACCCAACCGUGGAAAGUGAUACCAUUAUUGGAGUCAUCGACACUGGGAUCACACCGGAAUCUGAGAGCUUUUCGGACAAAGGGUUUGGUCCUCCUCCUACGAAGUGGAAAGGUGUUUGUUCUGGCGGUGAAAACUUCACAUGCAACAAUAAGUUGAUUGGGGCAAGAGACUACACAAGCGAAGGUGCUAGGGACACUGAAGGCCAUGGUACACAUACAGCGUCCACUGCGGCUGGAAACGCAGUCGCGGACACAAGCUUCUUUGGGAUCGGCAAUGGAACAGCAAGAGGAGGCGUUCCGGCUUCUAGAAUCGCCGCUUACAAAGUAUGUAUCCCGACAGGAUGUAGCUCAGAAGCUCUCCUGUCUGCAUUCGAUGACGCGAUUGCUGACGGUGUGGAUCUCAUCACCAUCUCUAUCGGGGGUAAAAAGGCCUCCAUGUUCGAAAGUGACCCGAUCGCCAUAGGGGCUUUCCACGCUAUGGCCAAAGGAAUUCUCACUGUUACCGCGGCUGGUAACAGCGGUCCGCAAGAUAGUACAACCUCGUCUGUAGCGCCGUGGAUGUUAACUGUCGCAGCUAGUACCACAGACCGUUCGUUUGUCACCAAAGUUGUUCUAGGAAACAACAAGACACUUGUUGGGAAGUCAGUGAAUGCUUUUGAUAUGAAAGGAAAGAAGUAUUCAUUGGUGUACGGAAAAUCUGCUGCUUCCUCUGCUUGCAGUGCGGAAACCGCAGAGCUAUGUAAGCCAGGGUGUCUAAAACAAUCACUUGUGAAAGGAAAGAUCUUAGUGUGUAGUAGUCCGGGUGGUUUGAAAGUAGUUGAAUCAGUUGGAGCUAUUGCUAUCAUUUACAAAAGCCCUAAGCCAGAUGUGGCCUUUGUUCACCCUUUACCUGCUUCUGGUUUGCCGGAAAAAGAAUUUGAAUCUUUAGUCUCUUACAUUCAGUCCGAAGAUUCUCCACAAGCGGCUAUUCUAAAAACCGAAGCAAUCUUCAAUCGUACAUCUCCUCUAAUUGGUUCCUUCUCUUCUCGUGGUCCAAACACCAUCGCUGUGGAUAUUCUCAAGGUAAAUUUACAUAACAUUUAUAACAACGGUUAUGUUUAUUUCUCCGGUUUAAUAAAAAAAUGCAUGGUGGAUUACUUGCAGCCGGAUAUAACAGCACCUGGAGUUGAGAUCCUUGCAGCAUAUUCACCGGAUGGUGAACCAUCUGAAUAUGACACUAGACAUGUGAAAUACGCUGUUCUCUCAGGAACUUCUAUGGCUUGUCCGCAUGUUGCAGGUGUGGCUUCCUAUGUCAAAACGUUUUACCCUAAAUGGUCUCCCUCCAUGAUCCAAUCUGCUAUCAUGACAACCGCAUGGCCGGUAAAUGCUACUGGGACUGGUAUCGCAUCGACUGAGUUUGCUUAUGGAUCUGGACAUGUCGACCCAAUAGCCUCUCUAAAUCCUGGACUUGUCUACGAGUUGAAUAAAGUAGACCACAUCGCCUUUCUAUGCGGCAUGAACUACACUUCAAAUAUCCUUAAAAUCAUCUCUGGUGAAACUGUCACUUGCCCUGAAGAAAAAGAAUAUCAAACAAGAAACCUCAACUAUCCUUCAAUGUCGGCUAAGUUGUCAGUAUCUAAUAACUCCUUCACCGUCACUUUCAACAGAACCGUCACUAAUGUUGGUGCACCGAAGUCUACAUACAAUUCAAAAGUAGUCCCUGGUCAUGGAUCCAAGCUCAGCGUCAACGUCACCCCUAGUGUUCUGUCUUUUAAGACGGUCAACGAGAAGCAAUCGUUCAUGGUAACUGUAACAGGAAGAGAUCUUGACUCAGAACUGCCUUCGUCUGCUAAUCUAAUCUGGUCUGAUGGGAAACAUAACGUUAGAAGUCCUAUUGUUGUUUAUACUGAUGCUAACUAAUGAGGCCUCAUCAGUUCUCCAUAGUCAUCACAAAUAAAUCUUGAUUGUUGUUGUUAUGCUUCUUUAUUAUACUUUGACAAAAAAGUAUUAAUACAUGCUUUUUUAUUUUUCUUUUCCUAAUCAACUUUGAGUUCUU